CUGCCUAACAACGAGCACCAUACAUCCUUCUUAUCUGACCAUUGCACCAAUAACUACCUAGUACCUAGGUACCUACUCAAUAGGUAGCAGAUUUGGACUUGUAUACCGCUAUGGAGGACGAUCCCACCAUCCGUGGUCCUAGAUCUGCCCUCAGUGAUUAUUUGGCCUCGCAGAAUAUAUCGAUCAGCCGUAUUCGCGCAGAAAACCGUGCGCGCUUAGAGGCCACAUCGACUACUACCGACGUUCCUGUUACAUCAAAUGAUUCCACUACUCCUAACGCCCAAAAUGUAGAAGGCGAGGAAAGUGAACAAGAAGAGGCUACGGCUGGUCCCUCCAAUACCGACGCCGCUCCCCAAACCCGACAAUGCCGCGAGCGAAAACGCAAGCAAGCCGAGGCUAUUGAGGCCAUCAAGAAGUCCAAGGCCUUCAAGAGGCGUAAACAAAAUCCGAGCAAGGGUUGUAACAUGGAUUUCCCCGAAGAUGAUGUGGUUGAAACUGCGGUUGAACGUGGAGAAGUGGUACCUGGGCAAAUGGAGAACUGCGCCCAGUGCAAGAAGCGCUUCACCGUGACCCCGUAUACUCGUGCCGAUCCGAACGGAGGUCUACUAUGCUCGAAGUGUGGCAGCAAGCAAGCUGCUGAAGAGAAAGCCAGCAAGAAAAAGGGCAAGCAAAAGGCUUCAGCUGGUCGCGCUGGUCAAGGAAGGCGAAAGCUGCAGAGUGCCAUACUAGAUGGCCAGAUUGGAGUUAAGAGUCUGGUGACUCUUUGCGUCGAGACCUUGGCCCAAAACAUCGAUCUGGCUGACGAUCUAGGGGACUCGCCCCCUGCUAUUAUUGAUCGCAUAGCCAGACAUUUGGCUAAGCGUCGCCUCAUGAAUUCUACCACCUUGCAACUAUUCAUUCAGCCUCGAGCCGAUGAGGUUACCGUGUACGAUGCCGCUCGCUUAGAUUCAGACGACUUCAUCCGAAUUUUCCAAACUUGCUCCCAGCUGAAAAAACUGAAGUUGCGCAACGCAAUCCAGUUUAAGGAUCAGGUCAUGGAAUUCUUGAUGAGUAGAAACUAUAAUCUCGAGAGUUUCUACAUCCACGGCGCGAAUCUGCUUAGCGAGACUAUAUGGCAGAAAUACCUAGAGAUGAAGGGACAGGGUCUACGAAGUCUCUGUGUCGCAUUCACAGAUAGACACUUUAGCAACAAUACUGUUAAGUGUCUACGAGACAACUGCUCUUCGCUAUCCCGACUUAAGAUUUGUCACAAUGGACAAGUUUCUGACGAGGGCAUCGAAUACAUCGCGAACCUCGGAAAUCUUAGACAGCUAAGUCUCCACCUUAUCAAGCAGACUUCCACGACCCCUUACAUCCAUGUCAUUGAGAAUAUCGGAAUCAAAUUAUGGACAUUCUCCAUCAGACAUGUUAAGGACGUUGAUGACCGUCUGCUAGAUGCGCUUCAUAAGCAUUGCACUUCUCUACAAAAGCUUCGUAUCACGCACAGCGAAGUUAUGACAGAUGCAGGAUUCGUCAGGCUAUUCGAGCAUUGGAAGAACCGGCAGCUUACGUUCAUCGACCUUCAACUUUGCCGCCAAGUGGAUGCGAAGGUGCCUUGGGAGAACCCUCGCAAUGUUGGCCUCUGCUCCAGGGGCUUCCAAGCACUGAUGGCUCACUCGGGCACUAAGCUAAAGUCCCUUAACGUCCACGGCUGCCGCCAUAUAUCUAAAGACGCUUUCGAGGAGGUUUUCUCUAGCGACAAGUUGUAUCCCGAGCUGUCAGACCUAGAGAUUAGUUUCUGUGAGCAGGUGACGGACUUUAUUGUCGGAUCUAUUUUCCGAAGCUGCCCCAACCUCAAGCAACUGAAUGUUUUUGGUUGCAUGAAGGUCAAGAGUGUCCGAGUGCCUAAAGGCAAGAUUUUGGUUGGCGUUCCGAACGCUAUGGGCAUGGUCAUUGAAGGCACUGAUGACUAAAGAAGCAAGGUGGUUAUCAUGAUUUUUGAUGCAGUGCAGACCGUCCAAGGCCUUGGAAGUUUGGUAAUGUUUCACCUAUUCUAUGGACAUUUACUUACGCUAUGAAUGACCCCAAAUGUGUCCAUAUUGAGGUACCUACGACUUGUAUUGUAAGUGCCAUAUUUGGAACGGACCUUGAAACGGAACAUGUCUUGCGAUGAGAGGGUUGAGGAGCAAAGAACAAUGAGAAUAAUGGGAUGAGAAGGAGAAUGGUGUUGUACUACUACAUAUGUAACUAGGUAAAUGCCUACAUAUGUAGGUUAGUGUACCUAAUGUGUAUUACGGCAACCGGACUCACAGGAUCGGGCAGCCCCGGGUCUAUGGAUGGUACUACCUAGGGUACCUAAGGUACCUAAGGUUAGUUAAAUCGCGCCAUCGCAUCGCCUUAUGUAAUUAAUCCAUGUGUUUCUUGGCCAUUAAAUAGGAAGAC